ACAUUGGAAAAGUUUGGGCCACCUCAUCGGUCUUGCGGCUUUUCGUAUAUUUUGUAUCAAUUUUAUCAACAUCUUACACGUAAUAAAUUUGUGGUCUUCGAUGUUAUAACUAAAUUAAGAGAAAAAUGGACGUAUUUAAUUCCCUUAGUUUAGUAUUAACAUUUCUAGUGUCUGUUAAUUGUAUUAUGUGGACACAAGAACCAAAUUCACAAAAGUGUCUAAAAGAAGAACUGCAACAGAAUGUGUUAGUUUUGGGGGAAUACGAGGUAUCGGAAGCACCUGGUCAAAAAAUAGAUUACGUGGUUAGAGAUUCGAAAGGACACAUUUUAUCACAGCACGAAGAUAUAUCGAAAGGGAAAUUCUCUUUUUCAACGGAGACUUAUGACAAUUUCGAGAUUUGUUUUAUAUCUCGUGUACCACAAACGCAACGUGGUCUGGCACAGGAAGUUUCCCUUAUCAUAAAACACGGUGUUGAAGCUAAAAACUAUGAAACUAUUGGUGAAGCUGCUAAACUAAAACCGAUCGAAGUAGAAUUAAAAAUUCUAGAAGACUUAUCCGAAGCGAUUGUUAAAGACUUUUCAAUUAUGCGAAAGCGCGAGGAAGAAAUGCGUGAUACAAAUGAGUCGACAAAUAGUAAAGUAUUAUAUUUUUCCAUAUUUUCCAUGGCCUGCCUACUUGGAUUAGCGACGUGGCAAGUUUUGUACCUGAGAAGGUAUUUUAAGGCGAAGAAACUAAUAGAAUAGUGUACUUGAAAUUAUUUUGUUGUUAUCUUUGGUGGUUCCAUUUUUAAUUAUUUAUAUCAGAUAUCAACUUUCGUAAAUCUGGUCAUUUUCUGUUUGUAAUUUUUUACAGAAUUAAAAAAUAUUUAAAAGGCGA